AAAAUGGCCACUCAAGCGGUGAUCAAAAGUCAGCCACAAGUUGUGGUUGUCCAGCCACAAAGAGGACAGUGGCAGACAGACUUAUUUGACUGUUGUAGUGACGUCGAAGUAUGUCUCUGUGGAAUAUUUUGCUAUGAAUGUUUGGGAUGCCAAGUUGCAGCAGACAUGAAUGAAUGCUGCCUCUGUGGCACAGGCAUGCCGAUGAGGGCCGUCUACCGGACAAAAUAUGGGAUCCCGGGAGACCUUAUGGGUGAUUUUUUCACUGUCCUGUUGUGCCCUGCUUGUUCCCUUUGCCAGCUGAAGAGAGACAUCAAAAAAAGGCGACAAAUGGGAAUCUUCUAGAUUUCCUUGUGUUCCGAACUUGGGUGCCUUAGAACUUUUAUGUGUUAUCAUCAUCCUUCAUAAUCAAGUCAAGCAUAAUUUCAGAAAUAUACCACAAGCUUGUUCUUCA